AUUCUUCGAGAACUUUGGCCUUUGGACUUGUUCUACUACCUUACAUCUGCCACCACGCCAUUGGCUCGCGUUACGCGACAUCUGUGCAGCUGUUCAACGCUGCACUAACCCACACCUCAGCCACCAACUCCUUUUCAUCCGCCCAUCAUGCCGAGCCCUAGCAGCAUCCUGUACUACGUCUUCCACCCCAAUGAACUGCGCUCGAUCAUCCAAUGGAAAGUUUGGCACAACCCCGUACACGAGCGCGACGAGUCGAAAGAAUGCGAGUCUCUCAAGCGAAGCUUCUACUUCCUUACCAAGACGAGUCGCAGCUUUUCAGCAGUUAUUCUAGAGCUGCACCCCGAGCUGCUAGUUCCCGUCGCACUCUUUUACCUGGUUCUGCGAGGACUUGAUACAGUGGAGGAUGAUAUGACCAUACCACUGGAGAAGAAGGAGCCCGUUCUACGCAAUUUCCAGAAUGUCUUGGAGCAGGAUGGAUGGACCUUCACCGAGAACGGUCCGAAUGAGAAGGAUAGGCAGCUGCUAGUUGAAUUCAACGUGGUGAUCGAGGAGUUCAAGAAGAUCAAGCCAGCCUACCGGGAAAUCAUCAAGGACAUUACUAAGCGCAUGGGCAACGGCAUGGCAGACUAUGCGAAUAAUGCGGAGCACAACAUUAACGGAGUCAACACCAUUAAAGACUACGAGCUGUACUGCCAUUACGUCGCAGGUCUAGUUGGCGAGGGUCUGACACGCCUCUUUGUUGAGGGUGGCCUGGCAAACGCGGCGUUGCUCAAGAAGCCCGAACUUAUGGAGUCUAUGGGCCAGUUCCUGCAGCAAGUCAACAUCACCCGUGACAUCAAAGAGGAUUUGGAUGACGGGCGUCGAUUCUGGCCCAAAGAAAUCUGGUCGAAGCACGUGGACAAGUUUGAGGACCUCUUCAAACCGGAGAACAAGGAAAAGGCGCUAAACGCAAGCUCUGAGAUGAUUCUCACAGCCCUAAACCGGGCCGACGACUGCCUGUACUAUCUUGCUGGCCUGCGGGAGCAGAGUGUGUUCAACUUUUGUGCGAUCCCGCAGUCUAUGGCUAUUGCUACGCUGAAUGAGUGCUUCCAAAACUACGAUCUCUUCCAGAAGAAUGUAAAGAUCACCAAAGGAGAUGCAUGCCAGUUGAUGGUGGAAUCGUCACAGAACCUGCAGCUGGUUUGCGAGGUGUUCAAGCGGUAUGCUCGCAAGAUUCACAAGAGGAACAACCCACACGACCCCAACUUCCUCAAGAUCAGCAUUGCUUUGGGCAGGAUUGAGCAGUUCAUCGAAUCCAUAUUCCCGUCCCAGAAGCCACCAGUCGACUCAAAGUCACCUGCGAGCGUGGAGGAAGCGGAGAAGAAAAAGAAGGAGGACAACGAGGCUAAGUGGGAUUUGAUCUACAUGAUAUCGGCUAUUGCGCUGACCGUUGGCGUCAUCACAUUCUUCAUGCUCUUCAUCGCCUGGAUUGCUGGUGCGCGCUUCGACAUUGCUUACUACCAGCUCAAAGAACAGCUAGGCGACCUCUUAGGCACCAACAGCAAGCCCGCGCAGGUCACAGAAGUACACGUUGCAUCUGGCCACAGCGAGCUAUGAGCGUGCGUACAAUCUUUUCAAUGUGUAUUAUAGUAGCGACAGACAUGGGCUUUCGGCCAGGUAUACGUCGAGGACAUACUAAUCAAUCUUCUGCAAUUCACUUGAUGCAGUUCUCCUAUUUGUUCAGUGAUGCUAUAGCACGGAUGUCAAAUUCCAAUUCUGCCCUUCCAUGGCGGUUAGUUGGGCCGAGAAGUGCUUAUAUCGACACGCGCCGUGCUCGGAGACGAGGCUGCUCACGGGGAAGUUCCAUUGUGGUACAACCCGGAGCGGCGGCGCGGACAUUCUCUGUGAAUAGAUAGAAUUUACAAUGCAGCUCGUUUACGAC